AUGGAUUACUUUUGGUCAUUUUUCUUUUACGUUGAUGUUUAUGAUGAAAAAAAAAGAAAAUUUGUCCUUGAUAUAUGUUCAAAACUUUUAUCUCAUCCAUUCGAACUAGUAAACUCUUCACUUGAUUUAGGACAUCAUCAUUAUGAUUGUUCUUUUAUUGAUCAACUGCUUCUAGAAGCUUUUCGAUCAAGAAACGUCAACGUAACACACCAAUUUUAUUCAAACAUUUAUGUUGACUACAAGAAAGAUACGUUGAGAAGUGCUUUAUUGAUAAAUAGAACAUGGGUUAAACCUUUUAUUCAAAGGUUAAAAAGGUUAGAUGAAGAAAAAAGAAUGGAAUGGAAGCAAAAAUAUAAUAAUUCUCCUCAUUCAAUACAUUCAAUAGAUGGAGAGAAAAAUCAUUUAAUCAAUAAUAUUGACAAAAUUUUACCCGGUUUUAAUUAUCUUAUUGACUUUGAAUUGUUUGUAAUUUUUGGAUCAAAGUAUGGAGUUUACAUUAUGAUUGAAACCAAGAAGCAUGAUAAAAAUGCGCGAUUAUCCAGAAAUGUUGCUAGAAAUAACUUUAAAAAUCAAGCCAAAAAAUUUAAACAAUUUGCAAAAGAGGAAUUUAUAGUAAAAGUAAUUGAGGCUUAUUAUACAAAUGAAAAACUUACAUUUGUAGAUAGGCAAGAUAGAAAAAUAGCCGAGAUUAUUGAUAUUCAUAAUGACGGAAAAUGGAGAAUGAUCGAUGUGGUUGAUUUGUAUUUAAUAUCAAUACCAAUAUUACUUAUUAUUGCGUUUGUUGUUUCUUGUUUUACCGUGGGAUUUUAUGAAACAUUUGAAAUAAUUGGUGAAAUUUUGGAAGCCAUGCCUCAAAAAGAGGCGACUCUUCGAAAACUGAAUAAUACUCUAAAACUUGCGGAAGAAAAAACAAAAAGGGGUAAGAAGUGUAGAACUAUUGAAAGCGCAAUUUUGAGAAAAAGAGAUAUUGUCGCUAGGUUAACAAAGAUUAUUAUUAUUUGGUUAAUGCAUAAUUAG